AUGGCAUACGGGCUACUAUGCAGCGCUUCGGGGGUCUCUGGCGCUGUGCUGCCCGUCAUCGCUGAAACGCUGCUCAAUAAGUAUGGAUACAAAGUCGCCCUGCGAGUGAUUGGCAUCGCUCUCAUCGUGCUUACUGGGCCACUCAUUCCCUUCCUCAAGGGCCGGCUGCCGGUGUCGGAGCAGAGCACCACAGCAAAGACGGACUGGAGCUUCUUGCGGAGCCAGCUGUUCUGGGUCUUUUCCGUUUCCAAUGUCCUUCAGGGCCUCGGUUAUUUCUUCCCGUCGCUUUACCUACCUUCAUACGCCUCAUCAGUUGGACUGAGCAGCCGACAAGGCGCCUUGCUGCUGGCGUUGAUGAGUGUUGCUCAGACAGCGGGCCAGCUCCUGUUCGGGUUCCUGUCCGACCGCAAAAUUCCGAUCAAUGCUUUGGCGGCGCUCACGACUGCCGCGGCGGCAACAGCGGCGCUGACGCUCUGGGGGCUUGGUCGAUCGCUCCCGCCGCUGGCUAUCUUUGCUAUUGUAUAUGGCUUCUUCGGCGGUGGAUACACGGCGCUCUGGGCUCGGAUGAGCACGGCAGUGAGUAACAAUCCGACGGCGAUGCCCAUGAUCUUUGGCUUGUUCAAUUUUGGUAAGGGCAUUGGCAAUGUCCUCGCGGGACCGAUUAGUGGAGGGUUGAUGAGCAGCGCGCGAUCCGACGAGAUGUAUGGUAUGCUCAAGUACGCCGGGAUCGUGUCGUUUACUGGUGGGAGCAUGUUGCUGAGUGCGUUUGCAAUUGUGUCUUGGUACGCGCGGCCGUUGUUGCGAGCAAUGGCGUAG